AUGAAGCUCGUGUCGCGACACAUUCCCAAAGAAUUCGAGGACGAGCAGGUCUCGCUCCUGCCAGAGGAUCCAGAGGACAUGUGGCAUGCAUAUAACCUGAUAGUUCCCGGCGAUCUCGUCCAUGCGCACGCCGUCCGAAAAGUCGUCAACAUCAACCCGGGCACCGGCGUGCCAGCGGCCGAGCGAGUCCACACAAACCUCGCCAUCCGAGUCAAGUCGACCUUUUUCGAUCCCGCCGUCUCCUCCCUCCGCGUCUCUGGCGUUGUCGCCGCCGAAAACGACCAUGUCUCCAUGGGCGCCCAUCAUACUCUCGACAUCGAGAUCAACAGAUCAUUUACCGUGGUCAAGCCAGACGGUUGGGACAGCGUAGCAAAGGCCACCCUGGCGCAAGCCCUAUCAGACGACAAGAACGGCGCCAUGGCCGCCGUGGUGAUGCAGGAAGGUCUCGCCAAUAUCUGCCUCAUUACACAAUUCCGAACCGUCCUCAAGACCCGCGUGGAGAGCGUAGUGCCCAAGAAGCGCGAUACCGCCUCAGACCAGGAUGCCGGCAUGCGACGAUUCUUCGACAAGACGCUGUCGUCAUUACUCAGAGCAGUCGACUUUUCCGAAUCAAGACCUCUACUAUUAGCGAGCCCUGGAUUUGUUGCGACGGAUUUUAAGGAGUACAUUGCGAAACAGGGCCGCGACAAGUCAGACAAGGUUCUUACGGCCGUGUCAAGACAGGCGACGGUAAUACAUGCCAACUCGGGACAUGUGCACAGCUUAAACGAGGUGCUCAAGAGCCCGGAGGUUCUGGCCAAGAUGAAGGAUAUGAACUACGCAAAAGAGGCGCAGUACAUGGACAACUUCUUUGAGCUGCUCAAGCUCGACGACGGACGAGCAUGGUACGGAAGCAGAGCCGUGGAAAAGGCCAUUGCUGACGGCGCAGUCGGGCCUGGCGGAGGAGUGUUACUGAUCAACAACUCCCUCUUCCGAAGUCAAGACCUGGCGACACGAAAAAAGUACGUUGCGCUGGUGGACAAGGUCAAGCUGGACGGUGGCGAGGCACGGAUAUUAAGCAGCGAUCACGAAAGCGGGCAGCGCCUCAAGAUGCUGGGGAACAUUGCGGCCAUUUUGAACUAUCCCAUGCACGAUCUUGACGAGGACGAGGAGGAACAGGCUGCAGAACCGACGCCGGAUAGACGGAAUGAGGAGGAUGAAAUAGACAUGUUAGACAGCGUGAUUUAA